AUGGCUUCCCUCGGCGCCGAGAAGAAACACAAAGUGACGGUAGUCGGCUCCGGUAAUUGGGGCUCGACCAUCUCCAAGAUCGUCGCCGAAAACACGGCGGCCUUCCCCGACCUCUUCGAACAAGAUGUGCACAUGUGGGUGUACGAGGAAGAGGUUGUCCUCGACAAGACGUCCCCCUACUACGACGCCGCCGUCGGCGACCAGCCCCAGAAGCUCACCGCCAUCAUCAACAAGCAUCACGAGAACACAAAGUACCUGCCCGGCAUCAAGCUUCCCCACAACAUCAUCGCGAACCCCUCCCUCCAGGACGCCGUCAAGGACUCCACCAUUCUCAUCUUCAACCUCCCCCACCAGUUCAUCGCCAACGUCUGCAAGCAGCUGAGCGGCCAUAUCUUGCCCUUCGCCCGCGGCAUCUCGUGCAUCAAGGGUGUCAACGUCUCGGACGAUGGUGUCUCCCUCUUCUCCGAGUGGAUUGGUGACGGCCUCGGCAUCUACUGCGGCGCCCUCUCCGGCGCCAACAUUGCCUCCGAGAUCGCCGCCGAGAAGUGGUCCGAGACCACCGUCGCUUACGACCCGCCCCCUAUGGACAACUCCCGCGCCCCGACCCCGCGCUCCACCUCCCCGAGCACCAACGGCAAUGGUCACAGCGUCGCCCCCCUGACCCCCGUUGACAUGCAACACAAGGACGCCCGUGGCCGCGCCUCCAAGACGAAGCUCACCCCCGUCCCCGCCGAGUACCCGCCACUGGAUCAUCAGAUCUUCAAGCAGCUUUUCCACCGCCCCUACUUCCACGUCCGCAUGGUCUCCGACGUCGCCGGCGUCUCCCUCGGUGGCGCACUCAAGAACAUCGUCGCGCUGGCCGCCGGCUUCGUCGACGGCCGCGGCUGGGGCGACAACGCAAAAGCCGCCAUCAUGCGCAUCGGCCUGCUGGAGAUGGUCAACUUUGGCAAGGAGUUCUUUGGCGAGACGGUGCACACCGGCACCUUCACCGAGGAGUCGGCGGGUGUCGCUGACCUGAUUACGUCCUGCAGCGGCGGCCGCAACUUCAGAUGCGCAAAGAUGGCCGUCGAGGAAGGUUUGAGCGUCCAGGAGGUGGAGAAGCGGGAGCUGAACGGCCAGAUGCUCCAGGGCACGAGCACGGCACAGGAGGUGAACAGCUUCCUCAAGGCGAGGGGCCUGGAGAAGAAUUACCCGCUCUUCACGGCCGUGCACGGUAUCCUCGAGGGCCGCUACAGUGUUGACGACAUCCCGAACUUGGUGUCGGCAUCAGAGAACUAG